CUUUGAUAUAACCUCAAAACUUUGACAGAUGCAGAUGUAAAUAGUUUCCCAGGAUAAAGGAUUUAACCGAAAUAUGUUUGAAAAAAGUUUUUCCAAAUAGUAUAAUGUUUAAUUAAGAAUAUCAGUGAGGAUUAAAAUGGAUAUCGAAACUGAAAAAGUUAUAGAAUUGGUAUUUCCAGAAGGAAUUCCAGAAUCGUGGAAAGAGAAUCCAGAUUUUUAUCAGUAUUUGUCAAAGCUCGGAGCUUUUGAUAUUGAUCAGUUGAAUAAAGAACCGGAUCAUUUAGUGGAUGAGAAAAAUGCAGUCUUGCAAAAUACCCAGGAACUCGUAUUUGCUAAUUAUAAAACUUUUAUCCAAACAGCGGAGAAUUCGCGGGAAAUAUUCAAACAGUUCAACGAAACAGAAACGAGAUUAAACGUUCUCAUAAAAGAUAUUCCCCAAUUUAUGGAAAAAUGUCAGUCUUUUUGCGAUGCAUCCAAAGAUAUAAAUUCCCAUCGCAGACUCAACAGUUUGACUUUAACAAGAAAUGCAGAACUUCUCGAAAUUUUGGAAAUGCCCCAACUUAUGGAAUCUUGUCUAAGAAGCAACCAGUACAACGAGGCUUUAGAAUUGUCUCAAUACGCAAGACAGUUGGGCGCCAAACACGGUGACAUCCCCAUUAUUUCUUCUAUUGUAGCCGAAAUAGAAAAUAGUUGGUCGAGUAUGGUUGGUCAGGUUGUUGGUUCCUUGAGAGGAGAUUUACCUCUUCCCCGAUGUCUUCAAUUGGUCGGUUUAUUGCGUUCAAUGGAUGCUUUCACGGAAUCUGAACUCAGGAUUAAGUUUCUUCAGGCGAGGGACAGUUGGCUUCAAGGAUUACUUUCCGCAAUUCCAAAAGAAGAUCCAAACGCCCAUUUGACAAAAACGAUCGAACUCUCGAGAAUUCAUUUAUUUAAUAUUAUAACACAAUAUCGGGCAAUGUUUAGCGAUCAGGAUCACAUAACUCUUGGCAGAGAUACUUCCAUAAAUGAAUCCGCAAUUUUCUAUCACUGGCUCGAAGAAAAAAUUUCACAAUUUCUCGCAACACUUGAACAAGAUUUGCCGGGCGUUACUUCUGUGGAUUCGAUUUUGGGCCAGUGCACCUAUUUUGCGCUUUCCUUUGGAAGAGUAGGUGCCGAUUUUACCGGGAGAAUGUCGGAAAUAUUCGUUAAAAUCAUCGGAGAAAAGAUGGAGGCAAAUAUUCGAAAAACGACGAAGAGGUUUGAAAAAGAUAUGGAGACUUUCACGCUGAUUAAUAAAUUGCAGAGAGCUGACGUCAAAAUGGAAAAUAUUCUUCAGUCCGAAAAUCCUCCCGAGCAAUUGCUGGAAUUUUAUCCUCUCGCCGAAUAUUGCAAUGGAUUGAUUGCAACUUUCAAUGAAUUUAGACUUUGUGCUCCUGUUGCGCUUUCGCAAAAUUUUACAAAACUCUUACAAGAGUCACUUUCUUCUGUUGCAAAAGCUAUGCUAUUUUUUUACAAACAAGAACAACAGGCAUUCACAGCUGCCGAAAGGGAAAACAUGCUGAAAUUCGUGGAAUGUUUGAGUGAACAAUUAAUUCCCUACGUUCAGUUUUGCAUCCGCGCACUUUUUCCCUCAAAUCAAAUAUCAACGCACCUGGAAAUUUCACCUGUCCAGUCGCAAAAAGAGGGAGUGACCUUCUUGAACCACAAAAUAAUCCUGGAACCUCUCUCAGCAUUGCUGCCAAUUCGCGACAUUCCGAAAGAUUCUUUUCUCCAUGAAUUCUCAGCUGCCGAGAAUGUCAAACCGACACUCGAAAUCCCCAAGAGCGAAAACGUAUCAAGCGCUAAAUUGGAGAUGGAAUCGACUGGGAAAAAUCAAGAUGAAAACGCCUCCAAUAAAAGUGACGAAUGAAUUUUAAUAUGUAUAUAUAUAUAAUAUGUAUAUCGUGAAACUGCAAAUAAAAGAGAAUGGGCACAA